GUGAGUCAAUAGCACUAAUUACAUAAAGUUACUUUACUUGCUCAGCCCGUGAACCGGUAUGUUACCACGGUAUCAGCUAAUAUGGCGCUAAAAUUUGAUGAUUUCCACCUUGUUCUAUGACCGGGCCCCUGAUAACGCGGGCUCCACAGUGAUUGCUUUUUCCUGAGACGUUUCUUAGUCGCGUUCCGUCGAAGCUUCUCGCUUUUAAACCUUUUCUCCUCCCCUUCUUUUUGACCUUCUAGGCUCUUCAAUCGAUACCACGAAACACCAUCAUCAUGUCUUCAGCCUUUGUUCAGCGCCCUGCUCCCGACUUCUCGGCUACUACCCUCUUCCCUGGAGGCGAGUUCAGAGACAUCAAGCUCUCUGACUUCAAGGGACAAUGGGUCGUUCUUCUCUUCUACCCCAUGGACUUCACCUUUGUCUGCCCUACCGAGAUCAUCCAGUACAACAACGCCCUCGACCGCUUCCGCGAGAUCAACACCACCGUCCUCGGCGUUUCCACCGACUCCCACUUCACCCACCUUGCGUGGGUUGAGAAGCCCCGCAAGCAGGGCGGUCUGGGCCCCGACCUGGAGCUCCCUCUCGUCGCCGACAAGUCCACCAAGAUCUCGCGCAGCUACGGCGUCCUCAUCGAGGACGAGGGCAUCGCGCUCCGCGGCCUCUUCAUCAUCGACCCCAAGGGUGUUCUCCGCCAGAUCACCGUCAACGACCUCCCCGUCGGCCGCGACGUCGAGGAGACGAUCCGCCUCGUCAAGGCCUUCCAGUUCACCGACGAGUACGGCGAGGUGUGCCCUGCCGGAUGGCAGGAGGGUGGAAAGACCAUGAAGGCUGAUCCCAAGGGAAGCCUGGAGUACUUUUCGGAGCAGGGAGAGAAUGGAGCUAAGGCAUAGAUGUUAGAUUCCAAUGAGACUCGAAUUCCAAUCAACACCCGCCAGUAAAGAAAAGAAGAGAAAGACCGCGCUGCUACCGGUAGCAUAUGACGAACGAUCCAACGCAAAAAUAACGAAACGAUCUUUAUGUUUAUGGAGGGCGAUGCACUUGUGUUGAACGAGUGCGACCGGUCGUCUUUGACGAGAUACGAUUAGAAAGUAGACUUAGACUUAGACUAUAGACAUUCCUUGAACAAUGUGUAUUGAUUGA